UCACAGCCCGGCCACCGUGUCAAUUAUCUGUCUGUCUGUCUUAUUACAUAUCUACCUACAUUGCAGAAAAUAUACCUUUUAUAGUAGAUUAACGGCUUAACGGAUAAUCUGCUAUCGAAAUGGCGCCAGCGGCUGCAGCUGUAAGACCAAAGCCCGAUGAAGAUCCAAUCGGCAUCCGAGCAGUUCUGUUGGGACCGCCUGGUUCAGGCAAAGGGACUCAGGCUCCCCUGCUCAAGGAGAAAUACUGCGUUUGUCAUUUAUCAACCGGUGAUAUGCUUCGUGCUGAGGUGGCGUCUGGUUCAGCACUCGGCCGCCGCCUCAAGGCAGUUAUGGAUGAAGGCAAGCUGGUCUCUGAUGAGAUGGUUGUUGAUAUGAUCGACAAAAAUCUCGAUCAGCCAGAGUGCAAGAAUGGUUUUCUGCUCGAUGGAUUUCCAAGGACUGUGCCCCAAGCGCAGAAGUUGGACGAUUUGCUCGCCAAGAGAAAAACGGAGCUCGAUGCCGUUAUCGAGUUUGGAAUUCAAGAUAGCUUGCUGGUACGUAGAAUCACAGGCAGGCUGAUUCACCCCGCGAGUGGGCGCAGUUACCACGAAGAAUUCCAUCCGCCCAAAAAACCUAUGACUGAUGACGUCACUGGCGAGCCGUUGGUGAAGAGGUCCGAUGACAAUGUUGACGCACUGAAGAAACGGUUAGCCACGUACCACGCGCAGACUGUACCUCUGGUCGAUUAUUACCUGAGGAGAGGGUUGCAUUACCGAGUGGACGCAGCGAGACCGGCGGAGGAGGUGUUCAGCAAAAUUGAUAACAUAUUCAAAAGCCGUAUUUUUAGUAGAUUUCGAGCGACUCAAUAAGUUUUCUAUAUCAUAUAUCAUGAAGUAAGCGUAAGUGUACAAAUCAAACUCUUAUUGUGAUCGAUGAUUGUGGCGGUGGUUUUUAUUAUAUCUAUUAUCGAAAAUCUAGUUGCCUAUUUUAGAGACUAUAUUUCUUGAAAUAAAGUGGAAAGGUAUCAUGGAA